UAUAAGUGCACACGAUUUUUCUUCUCCUAAUUGUUCAUGCAAAAACAUUGCUGCAUUCAAACAUGACACCAAGCUUCCAUUUUAUCUAUGUUUUUCUUCUUUUCCUUUGUCAUCAUACUUCUUCACAAAAGAUAUGCCCAAACUGUGGCACUAUGCAAGUUCCUUAUCCUUUGAGCACAGAACAUAACUGUGGUGACUCCUCCUAUAAACUUCGCUGUGAUCCUCACUCUCAAAAGCUUUACUUUGACACCCUCAAUGGAAGCUCCUAUGUUGUUCUCAGAAUCAUGUCUUCUAUCCAACGCAUGGUGGUGCAGCCAUCACCAUGGCUUCCUCAUUCAUGUGUCAACCAGGACAUGCCUGUGAGCAAUGGAAUUUGGCUAAACCAAUCACUCCCUUUCAACAUAACUUCAUCAAACACAGUGUUCCUCUUCAACUGUUCCCCUCGCCUCUUGAUUUCUCCUCUCAACUGCACUUCUUCAAGCCUUUGCCACAGUUACUUGGAAAAUUCAGGACAUGUUGAUACAAAACUAGCGCAUGAGUGUGCAAGUGAUCUUCACCCUUGUUGCACUUUUCUUGCUGGUGGUUUACCUUCAGCCUACAAAAUCAGGCUUCAUAGUUCUGGUUGCAAAGCAUUCAGAAGCAUCAUUCAUUUGGACAAAGAUAAAGCUCCUAGUCAGUGGGAAGAAGGACUUGAAAUUCAGUGGAAACCUCCACCAGAACCUCUCUGCAAAACACAGAGUGAUUGCUCUGGAGACUCUAAGUGUUCCCCUGUUGAUAAGAAUCCAAACUUUCACUGUCUUUGCAAUAAGGGACACCAUUGGGACCCUUAUAUACCAAACUGUGUGAGGUAUAAGGAAAAGAGAAAACCCAAAUGGAAAACCAGCUUGAAGGUCUCAAUAGGGGUUAUUGCAUUUUUCUCUCUAGCUUUAGUUCUUGUCAUCAUAACAAGGUCCUUCAAACUCUCUAGCUACAGGGAGAAGCAGAGAAAGGAAAGAGAGGAUGUGCUGAAAUUAAGCACUGGGGAGAAAAAGCCUUACAAGAUGUUUCAACUGAAGGAAGUGAAGAAAGCAACAAAUGGUUUUUCUAAAGAAAGGAUCUUGGGGAGUGGUGGGUAUGGGGAAGUUUAUAGAGGUGAGUUUCAAGAUGGAACAUUGGUGGCUGUGAAAAAGGCUAAAGUGGGGAACUUGAAAAGCACCCAACAAGUGCUUAAUGAGGUUGCAAUACUUUCCCAAGUCAAUCACAAGAACUUAGUAAGACUCUUGGGAUGUUGUGUGGAAUCUGAGACCCCAUUAAUGAUCUAUGAGUAUAUCUCAAAUGGGACCCUCUAUGAUCAUCUUCAUGGUAGGUUUUCAAACUUUUUGGAUUGGAAAACAAGGUUGAAGGUUGCUUUACAAACAGCUGAAGCAUUGGCUUAUUUGCAUUCUGCAGCACACACUCCAAUCUACCAUAGAGAUGUCAAGUCAACAAAUAUAUUAUUAGAUGAUGAAUUCAAUGCCAAAGUUUCAGACUUUGGUCUCUCUAGAUUGGCUAAUCCAGGGCUUAGUCAUGUUUCAACAUGUGCUCAGGGAACACUAGGAUACUUGGAUCCUGAAUACUAUAGAAACUACCAGUUAACAGAUAAAAGUGAUGUUUAUAGUUAUGGGGUCGUGUUGCUAGAGCUUUUGACUUCACAGAAAGCAAUAGAUUUCUCAAGAGAUCAAGAUGAUGUUAAUUUAGCAAUUCAUGUGAGUCAACAUGCUAGCAAUGGUGCAAUCGUGGAAGUGGUGGAUAAAAGGCUACUUUGUGUGGAACUCUCAGGGGAGAAAAUGAUCACAAGCAUAAAACUAUUCUCAGAGCUUGCACUUGAGUGUCUGAGGGAGAAGAAAGGUGAAAGGCCUAGUAUGAAGGGCGUUGUUGAACGCCUCAUGUGCAUAAUUAGGAUUGUGGAUCAAGAGUGAAAUGCAGAUGAGGUUUCUGUUUGAUAAUAAUAAGUGCAUGCACUGUUUAAUAGUUUAAUACUCUAGAGUCUAAUUAUUUAUGUUGUAAACCUUGAAAGAUGUAUUGUUAUAACAAAUAGUUUAGUUCAAGUACUACAUGUUUGAUUUAUUAAGCAAUGUCUCUGCUUCGAGUAUUGUGUUUAGCAAUAGGAUAUAUGUGUUUCUAGCUCAAAUACGAUUUAUUUCUGUGGAUGAUGACUCUAUAACACCAAAACAAAAAGAUAUGAGAUGUAUUGAUAUGGCAACAAGGUGCAAGUCUUGAUAGAUAAUGAGUAGCACAC